AUGGCUCGCUGCCUGAUUUGGCAACUCUCUCGAGCUCUUGCGCAUUCGGCUUUCCGAUCGGCGCCCUUCUCAGGAAUUUCAGGUGUCAGCGAGGACUAUGAGAAUGAGAACUUCAUCUGGGGCACCACCAUCCGAGCACACCAGAUCACCAGGGAGCUGGAGCAGUUCUUCCUCAACUUCACGGAGGAGGGGGCAGAUGAGGCAAAGUACAUCACGCUGCUCAGGGAGAUGCAUGCCAGCGGGGAGGGGAUGCUGAAUGUGGACUGUCAUGACCUGCACGCCUACAACUCCGAGAUAUACAGCAAGCUGAUUAAGUACCCCUCAGAAGUCAUCACCCUCAUGGACGGCGCAGUCAAGCUGGUGUACGCUGACAUCGCGCAGACCCAGGCUGAGAACGCAGAAGUGCAGGCAAAUGUGUUCAACUUGAUGGAGCGGAAGGUGAUCAGGGAUCUGGACCCUGAUGACAUCGACCGACUGGUGUCAGUCAGCGGAAUGGUCACCCGCUGCAGCAACAUCAUCCCUGAAGUCAGCCACGCCUGUUUCAAGUGCGACAACUGCCAGCACGAGGAGCUGGUGCAGAACAUCCUGGGGCACAUCGAGGAGCCCAAGAUCUGCCCAUCCUGCCAGAAGAAAUGGAUGAUGAAGAUGGUGCACAACCGCAGCAUCUACCUCAACAAACAGAUCGUCAAGAUGCAGGAAAACCCCAACGCGAUCCCCGAGGGAGAGACGCCGCACAAUGUGACGCUGAUGUGCUACGACCCCAUGACUGACAUGACUAAGCCGGGCGACCGCAUCACCGUCACAGGCAUCUACAAGGCGCACCCGCUGCGCGUCAACCCGCGCCUGCGCAUGCUCAAGACGGUCUACAAGGCCAACAUCGACAUCGUGCACAUUCAGCGCGAGGAGACGUCCACCCUAUUCUCCGUCUCCGAGCGCGGGCCCAUGAACUCUGACGACGGCGUCCCCGGCGCCGCCCAAGACACCCAGAACGACGGCCUCUUCCAGGCGGGGAACGAGAGCAGGGAGGAGAUUGAGGCAAAGGAGGCUGAGAUGCGCGCGUUGGGCGCCGAGCCGGACAUCUACGACAAGCUGAUGAAGUCGGUGGCGCCCUCCAUCUGGCAGAUGGACGACGUCAAGAAGGGCAUCCUCUGCCAGCUCUUCGGCGGCUCCUCCAAGGAGUUCAGCGGGGGCCGGGUGCGCGGGGAGAUCAACGUGCUGCUGGUGGGAGACCCUGGAGUCUCCAAGUCGCAGCUGCUGAGCUACGUGCACAAGCUGGCGCCGCGCGGCAUCUACACCAGCGGGCGCGGCAGCUCAGCAGUUGGCCUGACGGCGUACGUGUCCAGGGACCAGGAGACCAAGGAGAUGGUGCUGGAGAGCGGCGCGCUCGUGCUCUCCGACCGCGGCAUCUGCUGCAUCGACGAGUUUGACAAGAUGUCCGACGCCGCCCGCUCCAUGCUGCACGAGGUGAUGGAGCAGCAGACUGUGUCGGUGGCCAAGGCGGGCAUCAUAGCGACGCUGAACGCGCGCACGAGCGUCCUGGCCUCGGCCAACCCGGUGGGCAGCCGCUACAACCCGCGCAUGUCCAUCGUGGACAACCUGCACCUGCCUCCCUCGCUCAUCUCCCGGUUCGACCUCAUCUACCUCGUCCUAGACAAGGCCGAGGAGGCCAACGACCGCCGCCUCGCCCGCCACCUCCUCUCGCUCCAUUACCCAGACGCCGACGCCGCCGUCCAGGCGCGUUCCCUCCCACCCUUCCACCACAAUGGCACAUCUCACAUCUCUCUCCUGCCCUACUACGCGCCGAUCCCCAUUGACCAGCUGCGGGACUUCAUCGCGUACGCGCGCAACAACUGCCACCCGGAGCUGUCGCCCGAGGCCGCCACCGACAUCAUUGACGGCUACAUGAACAUGCGCCGCAUGGGCUCCUCCCGCAAGACGAUCACGGCGACGCCUCGGCAGCUGGAGAGUCUGAUCCGCAUCAGCGAGGCGCUGGCGCGCAUGCGGCUGUCCGCCACCGUCGAGCGCCAAGACGCCGCCGAAGCCCUGCGCCUCAUGCAGGUGGCAAUCCAGCAGGCGGCAACGGAUCCGGUGACGGGCGCAAUCGACAUGGACCUGAUCCAGACUGGCGUGUCAGCCUCCGAGCGCAUCGCGCGCGGGCAGCUGGCCCAGGAGAUCAAGAAGCUGCUCAUAAGCAAGCCAGCAGGCAUGAGCUUUGAGGAGAUGACAGCCGCCAUCGCAAACCAAGCCAGCGUGCCUGUGGACCAGACAGCCGUUCGGCGAGCAGUUGACACCAUCCUGGAAGAGGUCUCUGUUGUUGGGAACCACUUGAAGCACAAGAACGCCAUUGCCUAGGUUGCGCUGUGCUCUGUAGCAUUUGACGUCAUUUUCGGUGGCUGGCGCGUUCAACAUAUGUCAUGUGCAGCAAACUGUGGUUCACAAAAUUCUGAUCAGUCCACUUGGUGAUAUCAGGUGCUCAAAAUUACCAGCAUUUCUUAUCGGCCAAAAUUGUUUUGACUCUUCUGCAAAUGCUUUGUAUCGAAAUGGCAAGAAACGUGUUAAUCUCAGGCCAAACGUCAGAAAAGCGCUGAUAAUAUUGAUCUUGUUCCAGUUAUGACAACCCAGGCCCAUAACACAAGGACACUGUCUGUGAGGAUGCACCCUGAGAUAGCUAGCCUUAGGGACAAUGCUAUAUACUAGGAAAUUGCGUUGUAAAUGUUGAGGAACCC